AUGAGGCCCCUGAGCCUUCGGGAUGCCCAACAGAAACAGCCAAGCACCUCCAAACCAAUCGAUCCUUCUUGUCCCAUUCGUCUCGUCGUCCUGCCCCUCGACCUCAUUAUCCGCUUCUUCUUUCUCCUCCUCCUCCGCCUCCUCCUCCUCCUCCUCCUCCUCCUCCUCCUCCUCCUCCUCCUCCUCCUCCCGUCCUCCUCCUCAUCCUCGCUUCCCUCCUCCCCCUCCCCCUCCUCCCCCUAUCCUUUUCCUGCGCCCUCCCGUUUCUGCCCGCCGUCAGGCGGCCCCUUCGAGCAGCCGGCGGGGCAGACGCGGGGGUACUUCAAGUUCGCGAAGCCGCCGAGCCCGAAUCUGGACGCCCUGCGGAAGAUCUACACCGAGAAGCUGACGCCCGUGCAUUUCUUCUUGAGAAACAACCACGUUUACACGAAUUGGACGUACGACCAGCACUUCAUCGGCAUGUGUUGCUCCCCAAAGUUCGAGGGCAAGAGCCAUAAGGAGAUGAACGAGAUGGUGGACGCCUUGGCGGAGAAAGUCGGCAUGAAGGGCCGCGUCCGGAUGAUUUGCCAGCCACCGUCGCGGUGGCACAUGAUGAGGCGCCGCGCCCGCCACAAGUGGGACUACGACUGGUGA